GAAACCUCGUAUAUUUUAGAUUGUGUUAAAAUCAAAUACUCUGUUGCUGACGCUCAAUAUGGUACAUUCUAUAAAAAUUUAUUACGACCCAAAUUAGCAAAUUUUUUAGUUGAAGAACGUCGUCGUGAAGAAAAUGCCAGAAUUCGUCAUGAAUUACAGAGAAAAUCUCGUCGACCUGCACCGUCAGAUGAAGAAUGA